ACACGUUUAAUUAUAUUAUUAAUUAAGCUCCUCGCCAUUAGACAUGGCAUGGCUUAAGCUUGAAGAAGUUGAGUGCCUGCGCUUUGCAUGUGGUCUUCUCCUUCCCUCGGCGGUUCUCGUAAUGCUGUUGAGGUUGACGUGGCGGCGGAGAAGGCUGGGGUUUCCGCCGGGGCCGACGCCUCUGCCGAUCAUCGGCAACAUGCUGAUGAUGGACCAGCUGACGCACCGGGGACUGGCUAGGCUGAACGAGCGGUACGGCUCGGGGAUCUGCCACCUCCGCCUCGGCGCGCGGCACGCGUUCUCGGUGUCGACGCCGGAGGUGGCGCGGGAGGUGCUGCAGGCGCAGGACCACGUGUUCUCCAACCGGCCGGCGACCAUCGCGGUGGCUUACCUGACGUACGACCGCGCCGACAUGGCAUUCGCGCACUACGGUCCUUUCUGGCGCCAGAUGCGGAAGCUGUGCGUGAUGAGGCUGUUCAGCAAGAAGCGGGCGGAGUCGUGGGCCUCGGUGCGGGCGGAGGUGGACGGCGCGGUGCGGGAGGUGGCGAAGUGCGCCGGCGCCGGUGCCGCCGUCAAUCUAGGGGAGCUCAUGUUUAAGAUGACGAUGAGCAUCAUCUUCCGGGCGGCGUUCGGGACGCAGAGCCGCCACGGGGACCAGGAAGAGUUCAUUGCCAUUCUGCAAGAGUUCUCGCGGCUCUUCGCCGCCUUCAACAUCGGCGACUUCAUCCCCGCCCUCACAUGGAUCGAUUACCAUGGCAUCAACAAGCGUCUCAAGGCGGCGCGAGGAUCACUCGAUAGGUUCAUCGAUAAAAUUAUCGACGAGCACAUCGCGAACCCGAAGGCGGAGGCGGCGUCGGAUCGCGACAUGGUCGACGAGAUGCUCGUGUUCUUAGAGGAGGCAGCCGGCACCGUCGAUGCUACUCGAGGGAUGGAGAAGGAUGAGCUGCUGACCAGUAGCUUCCGGCUGACAAGAAACAAUAUCAAAGCAAUAAUCAUGGACGUCAUGUUUGGUGGCACGGAGACGGUGGCGUCGGCAAUCGAAUGGGCGAUGGCGGAGCUGAUGAAGAACCCCGAUGAGAUGAGGCGCGUGCAGGAAGAGCUAGCUGCCAUCGUCGGCGUCGACCGACAAGUCCAAGAGAGCGAUCUCGAGAAGCUUCCCUACCUCAAGUGCGCAGUGAAGGAGACGCUCCGCCUGCACCCGCCCAUCCCGCUGCUACUCCACGAGACGGCGGAGGAGAGCCAGGUGGCUGGGUACUUGGUUCCGGCGCGGUCUCGGGUGAUGGUCAAUGUGUGGGCGAUCGGGCGGCAGACAUCAGUGUGGAAGGAGGCGGGGGAGUUCCGUCCCGUGCGGUUCAUCCCGGGCGGCGAGGCGGCGGCGGUGGACUUUAAGGGGAACUUCUUCGAGUUCCUGCCCUUCGGGUCGGGGCGGCGGUCCUGCCCGGGGAUGCAAUUGGGGCUUUAUGGGAUGGAGUUGGCGGUGGCACAGAUGGCCCACUGCUUCGAGUGGGCGCUGCCCGGCGGCAUGGAACCCAGUGAACUAGAUAUGGAAGAUGUUUCUGGGCUGACCUCGCCUAGGGCGGUGAGGCUGGUGGCCGUUCCCACCCUGCGCCUCACCUGUCCUCUCUAUUGAUAGUGAUGAUCGGAGUGAGUAAAAUAUGGAGCAAAUAUAUAUGUAUAUAGUUGUUUGGUCCUUGAUAGAAAAUAUUAUAAAUAUGAUAAUUAUAAA